AUGCCCAAGUUCACUGAUGCAAUUGUGAGCCGAUUCGAUCUGUCAGAGAAGAAGAGUGACCUGCGUGUGUGUGACGCCACCACGUGCCGUUACAAUGGCAUCUGCCAAAACAACGGUGGUGACAUCAAAUGCGUAUGCCAGUUUGAGUGCUCUAAGAACUACGUCCCUGUGUGUGGUACAAACGGAGAUACCUAUCAGAACGAGUGCUAUCUGAAACAAGCAGCCUGUACCCAGCAGAGACCCAUCUUUCUGGCCUCUGAGGGCUCCUGCUAUCCUGAUAGCAGCUCAGGAUCUGGAGAUGGAGAAUAUGAGGGAUCAGGCACAGAUUCGGGCAAGAAAGUCACAAAAUGCAGCAACUGCAAGUACGGUGCUGAAUGUGAUGAAGACGCAGAGGAUGAGGACUCCUGUUCGUGUAAAAUCGACUGCAGUGGGCACAAUGAGAAUCCAGUGUGCGGCACAGAUGGAAACUCCUACCAUAACCCCUGCCUGGUGCGAGAGGCGUCCUGCAUGAAGCAGGAACAGAUUGAUGUGAAACAUUUAGGGAGAUGCCCAGAUAAAGACAAAGCUAAGAAAACUGAAGCUGGACUUCCAUAUAAGCCAGAAUUGAUUGACCCAGCAAAAGCCGGUGAAGGAAAAGGAUACGGCUGGAAGCCCGUUCCCUGCACGGACGACUACGCCAACUUCUGCGUUCAUGGCCAGUGUGAAUUUAAUUACGGCAUCGCCUCCUGCCGGUGUGAUUCAGGUUACACGGGGACACAGUGUGAUGAGAUCGCGGACUUUAACAUCCUGUAUGUCGUACCCAGUGGUCAGAAACUUCAUUAUGUGCUCAUAGCUGCUAUCAUUGGAGCCGUGCAGAUUGCCAUUAUUGUGGCAGUUGUCAUGUGUAUUACCAGGAAAUGUCCUAAGAACAAUCGUGGAAGACGGCAAAAGCAGAACUUUUCAUCAAAUGCCUCUUCAAGGAUGAUGUAGCUUGUUUUUAUUUUUAUUUUUUAUACUUUUUGUACCGAGUGGAUUACAGUUUUAAUGUGUUUUUUGUUUUGUGCUUUCUUGACUCUGGACAAUAAGGUUAUUAUCAAUUUAAAUUUUAUUUUUAUUUUAUUGGAUGGUGCCUUAUUGUUUUCAGGACAUUUUAGGUACUUGAUGUCAGUGAUAAACACUGUCAAAUGAAUGAUAAAAGCUAGCUCUUUUUUGUCGAGUUUUUUUUUUUUCCCUUUAGAUUGUGGUACCAGUUUUUUUCACAUAUUGUUAAAUGUAACUCUCGGCACACAAACUGCACCACAAAAACGGACGUCCUCGAUUUUCAUGGAAUGUGCUUCUUUACUGAAAAUAUUAACUCUGAACUGUCUUUAACUGCCCCCUUUGAUUUGAUUUUUAUUUCUUCAAAUCAAACAUAGCUGAACACCAAAUUUAAUUGGACAUGAACAAGUGCGCCGACGAAGUACUGACGUUUCCAGUUUCUUUUGAAAGAGAAUGAAAUGCAACGUGUUUGACUAGCUAUACUUAUCAAUGUUGAAAUGUUUGUAGUUUUUAUGUUCUAAUGUUAUCAGUGUUGUUAAUGUUGAAACAAACAUUAUUGACAUUAAUUUAAUUCUAUGAACUGCAUAUCGCAUGACCUGUUAAACUGUGUCCAGUG